UGUUAUCAUUAUGACUUGUCACACCUUAAAUUUUAACUCACUGAAGAUCCUACACAGGAUGUGAAAUCGAGGAGGCAGAUCUUCAGAAAAAAGGAAGUGGGUGAACUUCCCCUCAGACAGUCAUGUCAGACAGCGGUGACGGAAGGCAGAGCAGAGAUGAAGAGGACGAGCAGCAAAAAAUGCGGGAAGCGGCAAGGAGGACUCUCCAGAGGCAGAAAGAGGUUGAAAGCCAAGGAUUGGAACUACAUGAAGUUGGUGUGAGGUUAGCAGAGAAUAACCAAAGCAAUCCACUCCAUGACAACACAGAACAGGAUGAGCAUUUACCAACCUAUGAUGAGGCUAUGAGAAUGAGAGAUCAAAGCAACAAUGAUCAUCGAAUUUCCUCAUCAGAGGAUGAUCAUCAUGGAAUUUCCUCAUCAGAGGAUGAUCAUCGAAUUUCAUCACGAGAUGGACUUGAUGAAGCAGAGCAUGGUCCCCUUCAACCACCAUAUGACCAGUAUCGACCACGCAGUCCAGGGGCCAGGAGAGAUUUAUAUGCGGUUCCUAGGGAGGAUCAAGAUUCUGCUUCUUAUGCUGGCCCUGUACCACAGAAAACUCCACCAGCUUCUCUUUCCUCCUCGUUUUUGUCAUUAGAUGAAGCUCCACCACCUGGACCUGAGGUUUCCUCUGCCAGUGUGUUUAGAAUAGAGGAAGGGAGGAACGAAGACAGAGAGGAGGAGUCGCAAUCUCGUCUACAGAAGUUUAUUCACCGUCGUAUAGAGAACAUAUCAUUUAAUCAGCUGUGCUGCGCAGUCAUUCUGGUGACAGGGAUCAUCUCAGCCAUUGUCUUUUUAGGCGUCUUCCCAUCCAGCUUUGUUUAUUUAGAUUAUCAUAAGAUGGCCUUGAAAUAUAACAAAAUCACUGGCAUGGUUGAUAGAUCCACCACUUAUGAGUUUGGUUGUUACAUCCUGGGGCCUAGUGUGGGCUUUCUGGAGUUUGAUGCAACUGCCCACACUGUGUCCAAGACUCAUGGAGUAUUCACACUGGACAAACUGCCCAUUGACAUUACCUACCAUGUGCAAUAUUUCAUCAAAAAGAAGGAACUUGGAGCACUGCACAGAGAAUUUGGAGUUGGUUAUGAUGAUGUCAUUCGAAGUGUGAUAGAGAGUGAAAUGAAAAACCUGGCUGUUCCAUUCAGUGUGGAUCAGUUCCGAUUACAUCGACCCGUGCUGGAAAAAUAUUUUCAUAGAAAAUUGAAAGAAAGGCUGGAAGGAAAUUGCUGUCCUGAUUGUUGUCCAAGCACCUGUGAGAACAUAACUCUGUGCUCCCUCUGUCCUUCUUCAAGUUCCUGUAACAAGGCUUUCCACAUCAAUGUAGAGUUUUUCCACUUUGGUAAAGUGGAUAUCCCUGCAGUGAUAACAGAGAGGUACCUCACCAGGACUCUGCUUAAGGAAAAUGCUGAUAGAGAGGUGUUUAUUCAGGAGAAAAUGGUGGAAACUAAAAAGACAUUGCGAGAAACAACGAAAUUACGUAAUACAGCCAAUGAAAUUCAGCAAGCAGCAGUUGCAGAAUCAAGAAAGAUUGGUAUUGUAGCCUCGGUCAACCGUGAAGCAAACUUGACUGAUGCUUACAUUUCUGCUCUGUCCAGCAUGUUUACAAGGUUAAAGGUCACACAGGAGGAGCACAAGCUGUCAAUCAUGAUGAUACGAGCUCUGGAGGACGUGGCUGUGAAGGGUAAUCUGUACAGGACUUAUGGUUAUGACAAUGGUACCAUGUCACUCUACACAAAGGGGAUGUCCAGAGGCUAGGACCAAUAGAGAAUUUGAAUAUUGUCUCCAUCUGCUCAAUUUUACAAUUGGUGUCUCAGGAAUGUUUGUACGAUACCUUGAUUACAAUUGGAAAAAAAAAAAAACUUUAUUUAUGUAUCAAUUUAAUAGGUCAUUUUUUUGUUUUUGUUUAUUGAGUAGCUAUUGUUUAUUAUAUCCCCUAUAUAUACAUUUCCUCAUCUUACAUGUAUGUUAUGUGCUAUUUAUUCUAUCAAUAUUGAUUUAAUUUAGCAAACCAUUGUCGAAGUAUAUUGUGAUUUUUCACCCUCUCUGUUGUACAUAUUUUAUAAAGAAUCCUUGUUUUAGAAGGAUAUCUUGAAUGAAUUAUUUGUGUGUUUGUCAAGCAGGGUAGUCCUUCAGAAUUACGGUAAAAUAGAAGGGGACAUUCUAAAGAUAGAAGGGUGUCUUGGGUCCCUUCUCAAAUGGGGGUUGAGGGGGCAAUGCCAAAAUAAUAGGGGGAUUUUUGUCAUUAUAGGCGGGGAAAUUCCCCAGCCCCCAGAAUCUUAUGAAGAACCCUGGUCAAGAGUUAAAAAUCAGGUUAGUCAUCUGUCUGUCAGUCUAUUUUUAAAAUUUUGGGGGGGGGGGUAUUUUAAAGACAAACUUUAUGUGAAAGAUCUAGAUAAGAUAGAUAUCCAACAGAAUCUCACUUGUGUCACUUGUAUAAUUUACAUUUCUGUGAAUUAUUUUGACAUAAUGUAAUAUUUACAAAGAAGAAAAAGUAAGUUGUAAGAUUUUUUCCCCAAUCUUUUUUGAGAUAUUCAACAAAAUACAUGUUUAUUCAAAACAAUAGGAGGGUAACAUGAAAAUCUCUUCUAAUGUUGGAUCCAUAGUGAUUGAGUCAGCCUGGAUUGUGUAGCAUACAUGUAUUUCACAUGUUCCACGUGUUUAUUAUCUUUGUGAUACCUACUACUAUAUAAUUUUUUUUUAAUAUUUUGCAAGUUUUCUUAACUUUCUUUGAAAGAUGAAAAUAUGUUACCAUGGUGCUUAACAUUUAUAAGUGUUUCAACUUCAUAGAUGCCUAUAGCAGCUUUAAGGCAAUCACUUUCAUGAAUCCUGUGUUAAUAAUUGUAAUAAAGUUAUGUGGAAAGAAAA